CGGUGUUUAGUCUUUAACCAAUCGGUGAUACUGCCAUGAGGCUCUUAACCACUUUUGUGUCAAUAGCUCUACUGGCCACCUUCACUGGUGCGCAACAAUCAGAGACAACUGUCAAUGUCUUACAAAAAAUUUAUCACAGAUGCGCAGAUAGCCAAUCCAUGUUAUCUUGUGUCAAACCGAAGGUGCUGGCUUACCUCACCGAUGCUGUGAAACAAGACAGAUUGGCAAUUACGGAGGAUUUAGCGCUAGUUAAAUCCCGUGACGCGACGUCAGAUAGUGCGGAAGAUCUCUCGCAGUAUGAUGCCACAGAUCCAUCCAAGAGAAAACUCCUGCGAACAUUGAUGCUCGAGAAAUUGGAUGCUUAUCUGUCGAGCCAUCAGCUUGAAGUUAAACUACCAGAAGCAAUAGCAGAAUCAAAUAUUGUUCCUAGAUCUUUAGUUGAUAGCGUGCCAAGGAGUCUUACAGUCCCUCUUAGUGAUUCUUCUAAUGGACAAGGUCGUGGUUUCGUUAAGAAGGUGAUGAUACCAUUCAUACUUGGUCUCAAAUUCAAAGCUACUGCUUUAGUACCCCUUGCUCUUGCUCUGAUCGCCUUAAAGACGUGGAAAGCGCUAACUCUGGGUCUCCUAUCGUUGGUCCUCAGUGGAGCGAUGUUGAUCUUCAAAUUGACUAAACCGAAAGUCGCUUACGAACUUGUUCAUUACGGACAUCCACCUAUCGAACAUCCACCUCACUGGGAUACCGCACCUCACGGACCUUACAGAGCCUAUAGAAAAUAAAAUGACAUAGAAAAUUGAUCAUCAUUUUCAUAAACUUAUUUAAUAUUUAUUGAUUACAUCUAGUAUGUAUAUUUCAUCUGCGUUACUUACAUGUAAUAAAAGUUCUCAUAUUAUUCU